AGUCGUUCGGCGCAAGGGCGCCGCUCGCGUUUCGCGCGCGCGAGGGGUGCAGGCCUGGCCGCUCGGCUGGCGGGCGCCAGCGGGGCCAUGAUGUCUGGAGGCAUGCCGCAGGGCAUGAUGUCAGGCUGGGGGCAGCAGCAGAUGCAGCAGAUGGGCCAGCAGCGGUCGCCCCAGGCGUAUGGGGGCAUGCCUGGAAUGCAGGGCCAGUACCAGCAGCAGGCGCCGCCCGCGGCAGCCUCGCCGUACCAGCAGCAGCCGCCCGCGCAGCAGUACCAGCAGCAGCCGCCCCAGAGAGGCGGCGCCCCUGCGAGCGACCCCCACGGGGCGGUGCCCGUGGGCAACGACAGGCAGGUGAGCGUCGCCGGCUGCUCCCACGCCACCGUCUCGGGCAUCGUCACCGGCUCCUUCACGGCGGUGACGCAGAAUCACGGGAAGCCCGCGUACAAGAAGGAUUCCCAGGUGAACGGCCUUGACGUGAUGCUGUACUUCUGGGACGAGCGCGAUGGGAAGGCCUUCAGCGGCUGGUGGUUCGGCCCGAAAGUAGGAGGCGACCAGGUCUGGGCGUACCAUCCGAGCAACACCAUGACGCCGCCGAAGUCGGGCUGGAAGGUGCCCUGCGACGGGCCGGUCGACCCGAACUUCGCGGUGUCGUCGGGCGCGGCCCCGGUGCCGUCCCAGCAGCCAGCCUGGGGAGGCGCCCAGCAGGCCCAGCCCGCCUGGGGCCAGCAAAAGGGAGCGCCACCGCCUCAGCAGCAGCCGCCGCAGCAGUCCUGGGGCGGGCAGCAGCAGAAGCCGCCGCAGCAGCAGCCGCCGCCGCAGCAGCCGCCGCCGCAACAGUCGUACGCCCAGUCAUAUGGGGCUAGCCAGCCGCCGGCGCGGCAGCCGCCGGCGCAGCAGCCGGGUCCGUCGUGGGGCGGCCAGCAGCAGGCGCAGCGGGCGGCGCCGGCGCCAGCGACAGGUUUCAGCACGCCGGCGCCGAGCGCCUAUGGCGCGGCGGCAGGCGGCAUGAACGCGGCCAUGCAGGCCAUGCAGAGCCAGGCACCAUGG